GAAUAAAGAAAACAAGGAUUGUUUUUCUUCAUUCUCCAAGGCGGGUCUCGUAAAGUAGUAUACAUUAAUUCCCACAAAGUGAGCAGUAAAUAGUCAUCAUGGAUAUGAAGAAGAUCUCCUGCGCUGUUCUCAUCGCCGCCGCUGCCUCCAUGAGUGCAGCAUUGGCUUACACUGAGGUCUCGCCAGCUCCAGCCCCUGGCCCAUCCAGCGGGGCCGCCGCCACCUUGCCUCUUGUUGGGUCUUUGGUCGGUGCCUCUGUUUUGUCUUUCUUCACCUAUUACUUGCACUAAUCAAGCUCAUGAUCAUCACAAAAGGAUAUGAGAAAGAAUAUAUAUA